ACAUGAACUUCAACAGGAUGACCACCAUCAUUGAGGAUGAUGACGAUGAUGUCCAAGUCCUCAACUCCAACCGGUCUCCUCUCUCCAAGCCUCCCUCUUCUCCUUACUUCCCUGAAAUGGAUGGAGCCACAAGUGCCCGGUGUAGCCCUAUCCAGAGCCAAAAACUGAACUCUCCUCCAGCCACCCAUCUCUCCGAAAGUGACCGGGUCCCUUAUCCCAAGAAGGAUGUCAAGGCCAAAGGGAAGGGGACCGGUCAUUCUUCUUCUCAGAAAAGGAAGAGUUCCCACAAGACUUCCAGGGGGGAAAAGAGGAAGAAGGUCAGGCUAUCAGAUCUAGAAGGGGAGUCCAUUGAAGUGACUUUUUUAUCCUUGGCCCAGAAACUCAGCAAGGUUGGAGUUCUAUCCAAAGAAGUUGGCCGGUCACUCCUGGAGUCCAAGGACCAGGUCUCCGAACUUACCCUCCUUCUUGAUUCUGCCAAGUUGGAGAUCAAUGACCGGGCCGAGAGGGAGAUGAGACUUGAAGAGGAGCUGAAGGAAGAGAGGGCCAGGCUAGACGAGGAAAGAGCCAACCUGGUGGAGGCGAAGAGGAAGUUGGUAGAGCUGGAGGAUGCCUUGGCCCAAGCUGAAGAGAUUGCCCGGUCAAAGGAGCAAUCCUUUCCUGAUGAUGCUGCACGAUGGGCGGCCGGGCAUCAUGUCGAGACUGCCCGGUCCAUUCUAGUUGGGCCAGAGGAGACAAUGGCCUUCUUCAAGACCAUGUACAAGGAACCAGAGGGCAUGAGGAUGAUAACUGAGAUCGGGUCAUACGGCUUCCAGUGUGGCCAGAAGGAUGAGAGGUCCCUUCUCUAUGCCAGGCUCCAGAAGAGGGACCCUUCAUUUGACCCGGCCAAGAUGAAGCUUCCUCCUUUGUACAAGGAAGAGCCAGCCCCCCCUUUCCCUUUGUAGUAGGUUAGGGUAGAUAAUUUAAAAAACUUUGAAUUUUCCCAAGGCCUGGGGGAUGUCCGGCCUACUUCUGACUUGUUUAAUAUUGUCUUUUUUUUGGCAUGGUUUUCAAUUUACCGGCUUGUUUCUUCUUUCAGUUUGCAUGGUUGUCCUUUUCUAUGCAUGGUUAUUGCUUUUCUUUUCUUCUUCUUGAUCGACUUUGAAUGAACUUCCAAGUCAAUA